GAUUAUGCUGACGUUUAUCUAAAACGGAAACUACAUUUCCCUGUAUGCCAUUCGUCCAAGAGAAAUAUAGAUCCGGGUCAUUGGACACGGAAGUAAAUUGUGAAGGAAAAAAAGACGUGUGAAACAUGGCAACUGGAGUGGAUCAAGUUGUCGGGAUGGGCCUGGUUGCCUUCAGCCUUAUCUUGUUUAGCUACUACACGGUCUGGGUGAUAGUCCUGCCAUUCGUGGACAGCGACCACAUCAUCCAGAAGUACUUUCUUCCUCGAGAAUAUUCGGUGAUCCUGCCUGGUGUGGCAGCAUUAAUCCUUAUUCUUUGCGUGGGAACUUUCAUCGGUGCGGUGACCUGGAGGAAUCGCAAGCCCAAGAAAGUGGACUAGACACCAGAGGCAUGGAUGUGGGAGGGAAAGGGGGUGGAGUGAUUUGAUGCAGAGCUUCUGUGGAGAGGUUGCACUAGGAUGGGACUCUGAAGCACUUUUCACUGUUCCAGGCAGAUGAUGCGUCAGUAUGGCAGACAAAACUGCAGGCACAGGCCUUUGCUGGACAGUAGAUACCACACUAGCCUCUCUGGUUCAUAGCCCUCUCUCCCUUCAUUUAUUGAUGGUUGCUUUUUUUGUCUCAUAAAAAUGCUUAAAGGACCAAAGUGGAAGCCAUAAUCUCCCCCACUACAUAGAAAUAUUCUUUGCUCCCCUUAAAUCGUUACUGUGAUGAACAGAGAUCUUUGCUGUUCAUUUCUAGGCUUUGGUGUUACCAGUUGCCUUGGCUGCCUGUUGAGAUUUUCACACGAGCUUCCCACCAGUUUUGAUUUUUAAAACACACAUCUAGAAGAAUUAUGCAACCCGGCUUUGUAUAACACCUUAACAGACUGUAAAUAUAGUUCUUUUGGAAAUGUUAGAAUUUGGAGUAUUUCCAUGUUUGUGUUCCUGUUUGCUGUCCAAAAGCAUAGAAAUGUGUAUAUAACUGUCCACUUAUCCAUGCAUUUUCUAACUGCUUAUUCUGGUCAGGAUUCAGGGGAACCCUGGAGCCUAUCCCAGAUCCCACAGGGCAUAAGGAUGGGGUACGACGUGGACAGGGUGCCAGUCAGUUUCGGGGUACAUACGCCAUUUUGCACUAUAUGCAGUAUAGAGACACCAGUUAGCCUAACUGCAGGGCAAUAGGAAAAAGCUGAAGUACCUGGAAGAAACAGGCAAACUCUGCACCCAGACCUGGAGUGGGAUUUACCCCACCAUACUGUAUGUGUGUGUACAUAUUCAUUUAUUUAUUUCUGAUACAUUGCAGUAAAAUGUAUUCAUACUUGUGUGAA